AUGUCUUCUAUUACCGAAAGCGGAGUCCUCCAGGGCUUCCUUAGUAAAGUCAUUGAUGGUUCUCACAUUCUUCACUUCCAUCAAGUCGUCGACGCCUACGGUCACUUAUCUUUCCGCCACCCUUCCGAGCCUGAUACCUUCGUCAUGUCUCGCAACGUUGCUCCAGCCCAGGUUACAGGGGUCGAAGAUCUUAUUGCGUACAGAAUCGGUGAUGCCGAGCCAGUCAGUGUGGACUCACUUCCGGGCUUUGCAGAAAGGCGCAUUCACUCGGAGAUCUACAAGCGGCACCCCGAAGUCAACGCGGUGAUCCACAGCCACUCCGAGGCCGUGGUCCCCUACACCAUAUCCGGUGUUCAGCUCAAGGCCGUCAGUCACAUGUGUGGAUUCCUUGGUGCCAAUGGUGUGCCGAUGUUCGAUACUGCAGACCACAUGGAGGACGGCGACGUCCACGACCUGCUUGUGCGUACCGAGAAUAUGGGUGCCCACUUGGCAAAAUACUUUGAUGACGGUAACAAUGUGACGUUAAUGCGUGGGCAUGGAUUCACAGUCGUUGCUGACAGUAUUGAGUUGGCUGUGAUGCGGGCAGUCUAUACGCAAAAAAAUGCAAGUAUCCAAACCACUGCUUUGAUGCUUCAAGGUGUCACUGGAACUACCGGCGGCCUGAAGAGUCUAAGUCCGGAGGAGAGCGCGGCUUCUGAUAAGACUACAAGGUGGUCUAUGAUGCGACCUUGGAAUCUGUGGGUUCGCGAGGUUGAAACCAGUAUGCUGUAUAUCAAUUCUCUCAAGCGUCAAUGA